AUGGAUAGCAACGAAGACCCGAUGGCUUCUUCAAGCUCCGACUCGGAAAUAAAGGAGACACGGCAAUGGAGCAGAGACGACCGCCACGAGAUGGUCGACGAGGAAAAGGCAGACGACACAGCAGACGCGCCAUCGUACGGUGACGAGGACAAACCACAAGAGCCGGCAGCCACACGGCCCGUGCAGGGAGCCUUGGCAGCAGCCGCUGCAAACGCGGGCGACGCCCCGCAAGCGGCACAGGUGGCUCCCAUUCCCGAUGGCGGUGUCCGCGCGUGGCUGCAGGUCCUCGGCUGCUGGGUCGUCAUGGUCGAGACGUUUGGCAUCGUGAACACGUUUGGCGUGUACGAGACGUUUUACCAGACGGACUUGCUGGUCGGCAAGAACGGCGGCUCGGCCACGGACAUUGCAUGGAUCGGCUCGCUGCAGGUCGCUCUGCUGCUGAUCGGCGGCGUCGUCGCGGGCCCGCUGUACGACGCCGGCUACUUCAUCUACCUCAUCGCAACCGGCCUGUUCCUGAUCGUCUUUGGGCUGUUCAUGACCUCGCUGUGCACCGCGUACUGGCAGAUCAUUCUGGCGCAGGGCCUGGUCGUCGGCCUGGGCAUGGGCCUCACCUUUACGCCGGCCAACGCCAUCCUGUCGCAGUACUUUCUCAAGAAGCGCGCGCUGGCCAUUGGCAUCAGCUCGUCCGGCAGCCCGCUCGCGGGCAUCGUCUUCCCGAUCCUGUUUUCGCGCGUGCAGCCGCAGCUGGGCCACGCCUGGGCCACGCGCAUCAUCGCCUUCAUCCUGCUGGGCCUCGCCAUCGUGCCCAUUGUCUUUAUGCGGCCCCGCAUCGCCGCCAGCCACGGCCGCCGCGCCCUCAUCGACACGUCCGCCUUCAAGGAGCUGCCGUUUAUGGCCAUGGUGAUUGGCAACUGCCUGGUGUUCAUGUGUGUCUUUGUGCCCUUCUUUUACAUCCAGCUCUUUGGCGAGCGCCGCGGCAUCUUCAACGAGUCGUUCAGCCCCUUUUACCUCGUCACCGUGCUCAAUGUCGGCAGCGUCUUUGGCCGCAUCCUGCCCAACGUCAUCGCCCUGCGCUACGGCAGCCUCAACCUGAUCCUGGUGUGCAUGGUCGUCAGUGCCAUCCUGCUGUUUGGGUGGAUGGGCAUCGUGGCCGUCUCGGCGGGCGCCUCGGCCGUCAACGGCGCCGGCAGCGCGCACCUGGCCGGCACGAUUGUCUUUGCGAUGCUGUACGGCCUCUUCUCGGGCGGCAUCGUCAGUCUCAUUGCGAGCGUCAUCAUCGGCUUGACCAAGGACAUGAGCCGCCUCGGCACGCGCAUGGGCAUGAGCUUUUUCGCGACGGGCAUUGCCUGCCUCAUCGGCCCGCCCAUUGCCGGCUCGAUCCUGGGCGACGGCUUCUCCGACACCCAGUGGAUGGGGAUGGUUGGCUUUGCCGCCGCCGGCGUCACGCUCGGCACAGCCUUUUUCUUUGUCUCGCGCUACGGCGUGUGGCGCGAGGACAAGAGGGCUGUGGCAUGA